AUGUCGCGCUUAAAAACGGCGGAGGACGCUCUCUUUCGGCAACAUUUAACAACAAAGACAAUGGCGACCAGUUAUUUCGUUUUUCUGUUCCUCCUUCUAAUCGUAAGUUCAUUCUAGGUUUAUUUGUGCAUUCAAUUUCUCUUGUAAUCUGGAUAAAUUGUGCUAACCCAUCUUCUCUUUGUGUGUGUAUGUGAAGAUACGCGGCGUUAACGGCGACGAAGACGACAAAGACGAUGACCUGGACGAUGACGAAGAUGACAGUUUUUCAGGUAAAUUGCCGCUGAAGACUUACUUUGUACACAAGAAAUCCUCCGAAGCCUAUAGCGUGUUAAUCGGUUAAUCUUCUGACCUGUUGGACAACACCUUCUUUAGCGGGGUUGGACCAGAUUCAGGGAUAUGUCAACUUAGUACAAAACAUUUCCUAUGUUACAUUUUUUUAUUAAGCUGAAUGUGUUUGCCCGCCGAAUCAGGGAGAUCAAGUGACAAGGAAGAAGGGAACGAGGUGAAUGGCCAGUUAAGAGGAGGCGUUUGUUUAUUUGAGCCCCGUUUUAAGCGAAUUCUUGGUUUGCCGUCAUGUGACAAGGCGGCCAUCUUGGGGGUCAAUACAAUGAAUUUUUUUCUGGAAGAAUUUACAUGAAAAUAGAGUUUCGUUCUCAGAGGAGGGAAAUGCUUUUGUUCUUAACCACCAACAUAGAAAAAUUCAGGGAAAAAACGUAACUGAAGCAUCAAGAACGGUGUGCCAGGUCUAAAAUACAGGUCACAUUCCACACGUCAAGAGUACAGGUCACUGCUCCAUCAGUAAAUUACCAAACCAGACACUAAGAGAGCAUUUUGUUAAGAGAUUAGGGCUAGGAGACACUUUUAAUGCUAUUCAUUUACCUGUAUCAUGGUGACCUGUACCCUGACCUGUGGAAAAGUGACCCGUAUUUUAGAUCCGCCGACCGAGGCCAGACUAUUUGGGUAAGCUGUAGCUACCAUGUAGUAGCCCAAGAGGCAUUUUAACUAGCGCGAUAAAAUUUUUUGAUGAGCAGGAUUGAGUACCGUUCUUCUGUAAUUUGCUUGCCUGUCAGGCAAUUUAAGAACUGAAUCCACUACCCCAAUAGCAAAAUCCACCAGCCCUGGGCUAUCGAACACUACUUUCUUUGCACGCUGCUUGCAGUCAAGCCAGGUCAAGUGUAUCCUCCUGGAUUCUGUUUAUGAAUUUAUUAUUCAAAAGUUAAAUUGGUUGGUAGUUUUAGACUUCAGAUUCAUCUCUGCAUUCCUGCAUGCGUAAUGAGAAGUGAAUUCACACGCAAGGUAGUAAUGAAAUUUCUAGCCACUCAGUUUUCUUGAAUUUUGUGUAAAUGUCUUCAAAGCAAUAAUUCAUUCUAAGAUUUUUCAAUCUGACCGAAUACAUAGAAGUCUUCAUAGCUAAGUAUGCAGGAAUGCAGAUUUGAAUUUGAUACUGGUUGCCGUAUCAACUAAUGGAUUCAUUUUUCAAAUAAGUGAUUCAAUAAUCGAAUCUUGGGGGUAAACUUGACCUGGUGUGACUGUAAGGCAUAAAAGAAGGCUAAUGCCCUAGAAAGUCAUGCGCAGGACACGCCUCUCGCACUCAGAAAGUUUCAUCCCGCUUCAAACUAGCCUGUCCUCUGAGUAUCUAUCCUUUUUUUCAAGAACAAUUAUUCAGUGGAACAAUUUGCCUGCUUCUGUCUUUAGCGAACACUGCUCUUUAGAUACUUUUAAAGCCCAUGUAAGCUGCCUAAAUCAUCUACCUGUUUAUUAGCCUAUUAAGUUAACUUUUUUUUAUGCUGACCAACCCAGCCAAUAAUCCUCAAAUGUGACGGGUAGGCUGUACGUGGGAAAUGUAAUGUAAAAUGUAACAUUGGUUGCCUCUUUUUUUCUUCACAGUUGCUGACUGCAACCUAAAAGUUAAGCCUGGUCCCUGUAUGGCUUAUAUGCCAAGAUGGUAUUUCAAUAAAACAUGGAAUAAUUGCACAAAAUUCAUCUAUGGAGGCUGUCGUGGAAAUAAGAACAGCUUUGGAAGCAAGCAUGAAUGUGAGAAAAAAUGUUUAGGUACUCAUGGUGAGUUAUGACUAACACGUUUUGAAGGAAAAAUAAUUUAGAAUAAGAAAAUCCAGUGGUGGCUCACUAGGAAUACAUUUAUCUAUAAUGUUGCUGGAGAAAAGAUGUUGAUCAAAAAUGGGCAAAAAUAAAGUUUCUCCCAUUCCAGUGACAAAAUAACAAAAUUCUCAAAUCUGAUUUCAGCACUUAUAGGCCAGUGUAAUCGGACAGUAUGCUUCAUGCCUAAGUAAUAAUGGACAGUGUGCAUGUGCACACUUAAAUGGCUUUUUUUUUCACUGCUAGCAAAAAAACUCUUGAAAUUUCUUGUUUCUUAAUUUUUAAGAAAGACUAAAAUAUCACAAAUUUUGUCACAGUUAUAGAACUUUUUGCCGUCCAGUUUGGUCUGUAAUCAUACUCGUGAUUAAACAAAUCGGACCCUUCCUUAUGUGGAUGUCUGAUUUUGUUAUCACUUGUAUGAUUACAGACCGAAUUGGAAUCCGCUCAGUCGUUUUACCAUUAUUCACAAUUAUUUGCCUCUAAAUGAAAUGGUUUUGACUUCAUUCUUCCAGGACACAGUGCACAUCAGUCUUCUAUUGGUGAUCAGCAACAACUACAAGGACCCUGCAUCCAAGCUUCAAAAGCAGUUCAGCAAACCCAUGUAUUAAAUGCUUUGUUGCCUAGUUUGUACCAUAACAAGUACAUUCCUCAAUGCAAUAGACAUGGCUACUUUAAGCCAAUGCAGUGUAAUCACAACAGGAAGAAGUGUUGGUGUGUUGAUAAAUGGGGAAACAAGAAGGGCAAACACAGCAAAGGACACCCUGAUGAGUUAGAUUGCAGUUAA